AUGAACGUUGCCGGCAGACGACCUGGGUCUAGCAGCAACGCCUUCAUGGAGUCCCCUGAUGUUGUCCCAUCGGGCAAGGCCCUCGUCGAGGGCUACCGCAUGGACAUCAUGACGGGCUUCGAGCCGGAGCGACCUCGUUACAAUCCUUUGAAUCCCGACCACCCCCAGAGCUCGCCGCUCGUCGAUCUCAAGGACCCCAUCCAGGUUCACCUCCUCACAGAAACCGCGCUCUCCGACGCCAAAAACUUCGAGAUCCUCUCGCAGGAGGAGGUCGACAGCCUCAAGAAGCAGAUCCAAUCCCUGACGAUGCGCAUCGAGCAGACCCGCGCCAACCUGGCCAUCCAGUCCAAGUACCGUGACGCUGCCUCGUCCAUGGCCCGCUUGUACAACCCGUCCAAGGACAGCAAGCGCCGCAGCCUGCUCGGCAACCGUAUGAGCGACUCGGCCAAGGAGGCCGAGAUGGAGAAGCAGGCCAGCGAGCGCCGCUGCGAGGAGCUGGCCAAAGAGCUGUUUUCCCUCGAGAAGCGCCUCAUGGAGCCCCAGCGUCGUCUGCUACAACACACCGCCGGCAUCCUGCAGCUGACGCAUCGUGCUUCCGCCAAAAAGACCACUCAGGCUCCUGUUGGGCCGCCCAUGCAGGCCGGCAUUCCGGGCAGCCCCGAGAGUCUGUACACGUACUCCAACAAUAGGGAUAGUCUGGAGCUGCCGAACGACGAGCUGGAAUUCGACGAACGCAGCAUGUACCUGCCCCUUGACGAUGGCGGUCACCGCCGCAAGAACACGAUCGAGAUCCCCAUGAAGUCGCCCAUCCGAGAGCAGAACGCCCAGCUGCGCGAGCUGCGUGAGGAAUUGGAGCGCAUCAAGGAAGAGAACGAGCGUAUCCUGGAAGAAAACAUCGAGCUCAAGACCGCCGAGCGCGAGCUGCGCGAGCGCAUCGCCCAGCUUGAGGACGAGCAGCGACAGCUCCUCCGCACCGAAGAGCAGCUCCGCGGCGAGUAUGAAGACGCCAAGGCCGAGGCGGCGCAACUGCGUGAGGAGUGCGUGCGCAUCCGGGACGAGGCGUCGCGAAUGCAGGACGAGUCGAGCCGCCUGCGCGAGGCCGAUGCCCGGCUGCGCGCUAUCGAAGAGACUGUUGUAGCCCAGACCGAGGGCCAGCAGCGGACGAUCGGGGAUACCGAGAAGAGGCUCGAGAUGCUCAACCGCCAGCUGCGGGACAUCAUCGUCGCCUUCAACCCCGAGGAGAACAGCGAGUUUGCAGAGCCCAAGCCGGCUGCUGGUUCUGGCGAGACCCUGCGCAGCCAGCUGGAGUAUCUCGAGCGUGCGCUCGUGGCCGCGGCUGAGGAGCAGAAGGUGCAGGCGGAGGCUAUCCAGCGGGCGCAGGCGACGGAAGCCCAGGUUGCUGAGGCCUCGUCUACCCUGGGCGCGACCCAGGCCGCCCUUACGCAGGCGUAUAAUCGCGUCCAGGCCCUGGCUAGGCAAAUGCAGCUUGUUGUCCAGCAGGCUGGCGGCAACAAUGAACAGCUGGUGCAGCCCCCUGUUAGUGGCACGCUGGAUGAGCACCUCGAUUACAUUGAGGACGCCCUGCGCAGCGUCACUUCCGAGCUUACGAGGGCGCUCGAGGAGUCGUCGACCGCCCGGGCUCGGAAGCAGAGCAUUGAUCAAGUUGACGCGGUACUCAUGGGGCUGUGGGAGAUCAUCCGGGGCGACGGCGAGUCCCCACGCCGGGCAGAGGAUUCGGAUGGGGACGUAUCCGGCGGCGAGUUCGAUGCCGCCGGCUAUGCCAACGAGCCCUACUCUCUUCAGGCCUUCUCGACCAAGGUCCAGUGGUUGUACGCCCAGGCGACGAGCCUGCGCGAGCAAAAAUACAUCCUCCAGCGCCAGAUCAAGCAGCAGCGGGAGCUCAACAACCGCAGCGAGUCAGAGAAGGACCUCGAGAUUCAGGCCAAGACCGAGGAGCUGCACAGGACGCAGAUGCUGCUGGAGGAGGCCGACCAGGCCGCGCGCCACGCCCAGGCCCAGCUGCAGCGCGUCCUGGCCGAUAUGGAGACGCUCCAGAAAUCAAAUGCCGCCAACGACGAGGCCCUGCAGGAGCAGCUGCGCGAAAAGGCCACGCGCAUCUCGGCCCUGGAAUCCGAACUGCGCGCCGCACGCGAACAACUCGCUGCCGCGGAGGCCCAAAUCUCUUCCCUCCAGACCGAGCUGUCAUCAGCGGCGACGUCCCGCGCAGACCUCGAGACCAAGCUCACGGCGCUCGAGUCCCAGCUCGCGGCUUCCAUCGAAGCCGCCCAAUCCGCCGACGCAACCGUCGCCCAGCUCCGCCGCGACCUCUCCGCCAAAGACGAGGAGCUCGACUCCUUGAACUCGAUGGUCGUCGAGCUCAAGACCGAGGUUGCCAUCGCCAAGGCAGAGCUCGACGGCGCCUACGGUACGCGCAAGCAGCGUGCGGCGGAGGCCGCUGCGCUUGCGAACAGUGCCGCGGAAGAGAGGCUGCGGAAGGAGCUGGAGAGUGCGCUCAGGGAUUUGGAGGAGAUUACACGGGAGAGCAUUAAGGCCGAGAAGGAGAGGUUGGAGCUGGAGGGACGGCUGGAUGAGGCGGAGGCGAGGAGGAGGGAGAGCGAGGAGGUGAGAGGGCGGCUGGAGAAGGAGGUAGAGAUGCUGAGGGAGGAGUUGGAUCGGGAGAGGUUGAAGCCACCUCCGACGCCCACGCCCAUGUCAACCGGUCCGGCGGCUGGCGCCGCCGCGGCGAGGAGUGCUGGAGCGAAUAUGUUGAGCGAGCAGUUCAGGGCGGCGGUCAAGGAGGAGAGGAAGAGGUGGCAGGAGGAGUUGAAGGAAGAACAAGCCAGAAGGCGCAAGGCCGAAGAGGAACUUCGUGCGCUUAAGCGUGCGCAGGCACAGGCUCAAAAGGGCUCUGGACUGCCGGACGGGGCAGUGCCGCCGCCGACGCCGGCGAAGACGGGGUUAUUGAGUCCCAGAUGA